AUGGCUAGUGGAUCGCUGGCAUAUCGACCACACCAGGAUCUGGACACAGACCUGACGAAGUUUGGCUUCCUAGUCUACGCCGGAACCGUUCGUGACUUUCACGAGUGGGAGUUCCGAGCUAUGACAAGGUGGAAGCAGACCAAGGUGGGGGAGAGAUCCGACCUUGCGUCCAAGUUCCUCGACUCCUUAAGGAGCGAGGCAUACAUUGUCGCAGAGGAUUUGGGUACCGACGUUUUGUUCUCGAGUCAAAACAUCCCCAAGGUGAUCGAGGCAGUUAGAGAACGCCUGUUCCCUCUGGCGGAACAAGAGACGAAAGAACUUUAUCGGUUAGGGACCCAAGUCGGCGGCACGUUGUCACGACAGCCGGGAGAGCCGAUGAUCUCCUACAUCGACCGCCGCAAGCGGUGGCUAGGCAAGCUUCAGCAUUUAGACAAGGCCCUUCACAUAAGUGAAGCGGUGCUGACAGAUCUGUUGCUGGACAACAGCGGGCUCACCCGGCAAGAGCGACUCAUGGUGCUGACCUCGAUGUCAGGCAGCACAGCGACGAAGGAUGCUGAAGCAUCGCUGAUUCGCAUGCAUAAUCGUAUCCAUACGUUGGAACGAAAGCAGCCAUCCGCCAAAGGCGGAACUGGCAAAGGGAAAGGUUUCCACAGGAAGGGAGACCGAGGAAAAGGUAAAGGAUACGGCAAGAGAUCCCAGAAAGGGACUGCUUACACGUACCUUUCGGCCGUGGAAGACCUUUUCGAGUACCCUGACGCCGAGGAAGACGACGACGGAACAGCCUACCUGGCAGGCCAAGAGGACCAGGACGGCCAGGACGGUGAUGGGCAGGACUGGGCGUACCACGGAGAAGAGCUCCCCGUGUACGACAAGGAAGAGGACACCGCGUGUGUUGCCCAGUCGGCCGACGCUUCCCUAAGGGACGUCGAGCUUGAUGUCUUCACCGCCUUUAUAGGCGCUGGGUUCGAUGAGGAAGACAAAGAGGCUUUGGCGUUUCUCGCAGACACCGUGCAGUGCGAGACCGUUGCCUUUAUGGCGCGGGCCAAGGCUAAGGGUAAAGGAAAGUCUGUGAUGCAGAGGAGUGCACAUGGAUAUCGGCCGCGAUCUACCGGUCUCACUGUUGAAGACAGGAGACGGAAGCUUCAUGAGAUUAAACUCAGGAGCACGUGCAAAACGUGUGGCAGAAAGGGCCACUGGGCUGGUGACAAGGAAUGCCCAGGCCCAGGAAAAGGUGCAGGAAAGCCCGCAGUGGCACACCUUGCCCAGGUCAGGCGUGUGAUGGAUAAAUCCACACAGACCUGCGACUUCAUCGCUAGCCCCAGCGAGAGCGACAGCGAGAGUCAAAGCUUUGACCCGGAGCCAACAGCGAACUACGUUAGCUUGGGUCAGGACUCUGAGACGGAGCCUGCGGCGUACAUGGGUUUCUUCGACAGGACUGACUUUGAAGAAUCCGACGAAGAGCUCCUGGACGACUUUGCGUCGCAAGGCGCUCCCUCCACGGAAUGGGAUACCAUAGAGUACCCUGACGGCAGCGACCAAGUGUUUCGGUUCGGGAUGCACAGGGGUAGCACCAACCUUGAGGUUUUGCAGAACCACCCCGAUUACUACCAUUGGGGCCUCAAGGAGAAAGAGCCGAGCACCAUGCUAGAAGCAUGGCUUGUCUGGGUGUAUCGCAACUUUGAGGUUCCACCGGUUGGCGGUGGAAGAGCUACACUCAGGGCAGCCACGUUGCCGGUGGAGGCCGACUCGCUGCAGAAGGCUAGGAAGGAGGUGACCCUUGAGAAGGCACCUAAGAGCAAGCUCGGGUUGUUGAAGCCGGAUCCCAAAGGACCGUGCGUUGGAGGCUGUCCCGCACACGCAUUGAACAAAGCAGGGAGCAAUGCGCACGUAAUCAAGACCACUUGCAUGUUGUGCGGUAACAGGACCUCAAACCCGAGACCAAAGGCUGUACCGAAGAAUGACCCCCUCACGUGCGAGCACAAGCGCACAGACAACAGGAACAGCACGAGAUCGGUACACCGCACCUUUUGCCUUGAUUGUUGCACCGUGGUAGAGGAAAUCCCGCAGAAGCUCUUUAAGGAGCAGAAGGGACUCGCCGAGCAGGUGCAGCAGUCUCCACUCAAGGUGCAGAACCUCACGAGGAGACAGCUGGAGGAGUACAACUUUACGAAGUUUGAGGCAGGUGAGGUGGUAAAGAAGUUCUUCAAGCACAUGGACAAGUUUUUGUUGAAAGUUGACCAAGUCAGUUCAACCGAGUUGUCUAUAGUUGCCUUGAGGAUGCGAUGGACCAGGUUGUAA